AAAAAAAGAAAAGAACAAACAGAGCUUUGCUCAAGAGUAGACUCAGACUUUCUUCCUUCAACACCAUCAGAGAAGAAGCAAAAUAAAAAACGCGUUUUUCUCAUCCAAAGACUUUAAUCAAAUGAUUUUUGCCGUUAGGAAACAGAGAGAGUAAUCUUUGGUCCCUUUGGGGGUGGAUUCUUUCUUUCAACAACAGAGAUAUCAUCUUUGUUAUUCUAACCAAAAAAGAAACACCAUGAAAUGCUAUCUGUUCUGUAAAGAUUUGAUCUUGUUUGUGUUUCAACUGUUUGCUUUCUUCUACUUAGCUUCAGGGAACUUGGCUUCUGAUAAAAGAAUCCUGUUGGAGUUCAAAAGCUCUGUUUUUGAUCCUUCUGGGGUUCUUUCAAGCUGGAACUCUUCAAACAACCCUAAUCACUGCUCCUGGUUUGGAGUUUCAUGCAAUUCAAGGUCUCAGGUCAUCUCUAUCACCAUUCCUGGUGGUUGUCGUGAAGUUUCUGAAGGUAACUUUGCUCAACCUUGUUCUUGUUCUUCAAAGCUGUCUAAGUUCCCGUUUUAUGGUUUUGGAUUGAGGAGAAGUGCAUGUUCUAAGGGGAAAUUAGUGGGGAACUUGUCACCUUUGGUUGGGAAACUUACUGAGCUUAGAGUUUUGUCUCUUGCUUUUAAUGAUAUUGGUGGUGAAAUUCCUUUAGAACUAUGGGGUUUACAGAACUUAGAAGAACUUGAUCUUGAAGGGAAUUCACUUACUGGUAAGUUGCCUAAUGAAUUUGUGGGGUUGAGAAAUUUGCGGGUUUUGAAUCUUGGGUUUAAUGAACUCGAAGGGGAGAUUCCAGGAUCUUUCUCAAGAUUUGUGGAUUUGGAGGUUUUGAAUUUAGCUGGGAAUAAGCUGAAGGGGUCUAUGCCUAGUUAUGUUGGUAGUUUCCACAAGUUGAAGGGACUUUAUUUGUCUAAUAAUCAGCUAAACGGACCGAUUCUUGAGAAUUUUGGAAGUAAUUGUCGGUAUCUAGAGUAUCUCGAUCUGUCGUGGAAUUUCCUAGUUGGGAGUAUUCCCAGUAGCUUGGGGAAUUGUCCGCGGUUACGGACUCUUUUGUUGUUUUCUAACAUGUUGGAUGGUGUUAUUCCUAAUGAGCUUGGUCAGCUGCAUAAGCUCGAGAUUCUCGAUGUUUCUAGGAACAACCUUAGCGGUUUGAUCCCCAUGGAGCUUGGAAAUUGUGCUCAGUUGUCGGUUCUUGUCCUUUCCAAUCUCUUUGAUCCCGUGCUGAGUGAGCAGAGUUCAAGUGAAGAGCUUUCAUUUCGAUUGCCACUUGCUACUACUGAUGAGUAUAAUCAUUUUCGAGGCUCCAUUCCCAUGAGAAUUACUACCCUUGCUAAGCUAAAACUACUUUGGGUGCCAAGGGCAAAUCUUGAGGGGAAGUUAGCAAGGAGUUGGAGCGGUUGUGAGAAUUUGGAAAUGGUGAACUUAGCUCAGAACCGCUUCAGUGGGGAAAUAUUUGGCGUGUUUGCUGGAUGCAAGAAACUACAGCAUCUGGAUUUGAGCUCGAACAGGCUAACCGGGGAGCUUGAUGAUAAGCUUCCAAUUCCCUGUAUGACACUUUUUGAUAUCAGUGGAAACCUCAUGUCCGGAUCGAUCCCCAAAUUUAAUCAAAGUGUAUGCCCCGGCUUUUCCUCCUUGAGUUACGGACUUCUCCAAACCCGUGAUCCAGUAUUUUUGUAUUUGUCAUUCUUUGCGUAUAAAACGCGGCAUGCAAUGGUUUUUCCGUUUUCUGGUUCGAAAGCUGUGUUGAUUCACAAUUUUGGUGGAAAUAGCUUCUCUGGUUCACUCCCAGGGCUGCCAGUUGUACCAACAAGAUUGGAGAAGCAGAUUGAUUAUGCAUUUUUAGCUGGUGGGAACAAGCUCACUGGAUCAUUUCCGGGAAGUUUGUUUGGAAACUGUAAUAAGCUUCAUGGGUUGAUUGCUGAUGUUAGCAAGAACAAAUUGUCCGGUCAUAUUCCAUUUGGAAUCAGUGCAAUUUGCAGAUCUCUUAGAUAUUUGGAUGUCUCCGAGAAUCAGAUUACGGGGUUAAUUCCCAGAUGCUUCGGGUACUUGAAAUCUCUUGUUUUUCUUGACCUAAGCAGAAACAAGUUUAGAGGUCCGGUUCCUGAAGGGCUCCAUCAGUUGAAGUACCUCAAACAUCUCUCCUUGGCAAGCAACAACCUGACUGGUUCCAUUCCUUCUAGCUUUGCACAGCUUCGUUCCCUUGAAGUGUUGGACCUUUCAUCAAAUUCGCUAUCUGGUGAGAUUCCACAAGGUCUUCUUGAUCUGAGAAACCUAACUUCUCUUCAGCUCAAUAAUAAUAAAUUCUCAGGGGAAAUUCCUUCUGGUUUCUCGAACUUGAAGUCUCUUUCUAUGCUUGAAGUAUCAUCCAACGACCUGUCUGGAUCAUUACCAUUGAAUGGUAAUGCAGUGAAUCAUACAGGUGUCCAUGAAAAGCCUUUACUUCGUUCACACCAUGUAUUCUCGCUGUCUGUACGGUCUGCUGAAACAACCUUCACUGGAAGUUCACAAAUUGGUGCAGCUUCUCCUUCCAGUAAUAAAAUUGAUGAUCAAAGUCUAGAUUCCAUUGAGAUCGCAUCCAUAGCAUCUGCCUCAGCCAUUGUUUCAGUUCUUCUAGUUCUAGUCAUUCUCUUCUUUUACACCAGGAAAUGGGUUCCAAUGUCCAGGGUUCAGGUUUCUGAAACUAGGGAAAUUACAGCUUUUGUUGACAUUGGGGUUCCAUUGACGUAUGAAGCAAUUGUCCAGGCAACAGGGAACUUCAGUGCUGGAAAAUGCAUUGGGAAUGGAGGUUUUGGUGCUACGUACAAGGCUGAAAUAGCUCCGGGAACUCUAGUGGCAGUGAAGAGGCUUGCUAUUGGAAGGUUCCAAGGUGUUCAGCAGUUCCAUGCUGAGGUGAAGACCCUUGAAACAAUGAGGCACCCUAAUCUUGUAACCUUAAUAGGUUACCAUGCCAGUGAAACGGAGAUGUUUCUCAUAUAUAAUUAUUUGUCAGGUGGUAAUUUAGAAAAUUUUAUCAAGGAAAGGUCCACAAGAGCUGUAGAUUGGAAGAUUGUUCACAAGAUUGCUUCGGAUGUAGCCCAUGCACUUGCAUAUUUACACGACCAAUGCAAUCCAAAGGUUCUGCACCGGGACGUCAAGCCAAGUAACAUAUUGUUGGAUGAUGAUUGUAAUGCUUAUCUGUCUGAUUUCGGAUUAUCAAGGCUUUUGGGUACCUCCGAGACCCAUGCAACAACUGGUGUAGCCGGCACAUUUGGAUAUGUUGCACCGGAGUAUGCUAUGACCUGCCGUGUAUCUGAGAAGGCUGAUGUCUACAGCUAUGGGGUUGUGCUUCUCGAGUUGAUAUCAGAUAAAAAAGCUUUGGAUCCUUCUUUCUCCUCGCAUGCAAAUGGUUUCAAUAUCGUCUCUUGGGCCUGCAUGAUGCUGCGACAGGGUCAAGCAAAGGAUGUGUUCACUGCAAGGUUAUGGGAUAGCGGUCCGCAUGACCAUCUUGUAGAACUGCUGCACUUGGCCAUUACAUGCACAGUUGAUAGCCUCUCAGCAAGACCAACUAUGAGGCAAGUUGUCCGUCGGUUGAAACGAAUCCAACCUUCUUCGGUAAGAUAAUCUGGUUUCUGGGUGCAUACUAUGAUCUUGUAAGGAACAGCUUAAGUGCACAAGUCAUAACAGACUUGUAGUUUGUACAUUCGCACCAAAAAUCAAAAAUGUCAUCCCCUGGCUGAGAACAAUCCUUAAUGAUCUGCACAAAAAUAGCAGAUAUGAAUUUUGGAGACUGCUUUAUAUAAAUGUAUUUCAGUUCUCUUUGCUUUUGUAGUGCUAA